UCUUGUACCGUUUGCGGUGUAAACACACUUGCUAGUUUUGGGUUAUGACCCUCUGAUCCUACACACGUGUUUCAUUUGUGGCUUUCUAUUAUAGCCUUUAGGACAGGAUUCACUAUCGUGUUAUUUGAAGAUAAAACCCCUAAACGGGACCAUGAUUGACUUCAUUGAAGACGUCGUUUGUGGUUUUGUGUUUUAAAAGACAAAAUGACUCGUCAAAGUGUUGCCUCUCCUGCCAUGGAAGGCAUUACUCCAAUCCAGCAGAUGAUUUCUUCCUGCUCCGGAGCCCUGCUUACAUCACUACUCGUAACUCCUUUGGAUGUGGUGAAAACGCGACUGCAAGCACAGAAAAAUCCUUUGGUCAAAGGCAAAUAUUUUGUCUACUGCAAUGGACUUAUGGACCAUAUAUGUGUGUGCGAAAACAGCAAGGGCUGGUACAAAGCUGCCGGUCACUUUAGGGGCACGCUCGAUGCCUUCUAUAAGAUAGUGUGCUGUGAGGGAAUUACAGCUUUAUGGAGCGGUCUGCCUCCGACACUUGUGAUGGCGGUCCCAGCCACAGUGAUCUAUUUCACGUGUUACGAUCAGCUGUGUGCAGCGCUGAGGAUGAGGAUGGGAGAGCGAGCCCAGGAGGCUCCGCUGUUAGCGGGAGCCAUCGCUAGAGUGGGGUCGGCGACUGUAAUCAGCCCUCUGGAGCUGAUCCGCACCAAGCUGCAGUCCCAGAAGCAGUCGUACAGGGAGCUGACCAAUUGCAUCCGCUCUGCAGUGCAGACAGAAGGCUGGCUCUCUCUGUGGAGGGGUCUUGGGCCCACCCUGCUCCGAGACGUGCCCUUCUCAGCCAUGUACUGGUACAACUACGAGAGGGGCAAAGGCUGGCUGUGCCAGAGGUACAACACCAGAGAGCCCACGUUCACCAUCACUUUCGUAUCCGGAGCUGGGUCAGGUUCUAUCGCAGCUAUUGUCACUUUACCAUUUGAUGUGGUCAAAACAAGACGGCAGGUGGAGCUUGGGGAGCUACACGCCAAUAAUUUGUCAGGUCAGGUCUCCUCAUCCACUUUCAGCAUCAUGAAGAGGAUCGUGACACAAGAUGGUUUUCGUGGGCUUUUUGCAGGUUUCCUACCAAGGGUGAUCAAAGUGGCUCCAGCCUGUGCGAUCAUGAUCAGCUCAUAUGAGUUUGGAAAAGCCUUUUUCCGUAAACACAACCAGGAGAGGAUACUUGGGCAACUGCAGUCCACAAACACGUGAUUGUGUUCCCCGUGAAACAACCAUCACCACAGUCACAGCUAGCUUAAACAUAGAGAAAAUUAUCUAACAAUCAUAAACUCAGAAAUAAGACAAGUGAAUUAUCCAAGCCUCUCUAGAGUCAGAUAAAUGUAUACGGUAAAUACCUUAAAGUGUUUAUAUUUUAUUUUGUGAUCAAAUGAAUUAUUUUGUUCAUGUUAAAAAAAGAAGUCUAGAUUACACGUUGCCAGCAGAUGGCAGCCACAGAUUGGUUUUUACUGAGUCUCCAAACAUGUGGCCUUCCUCUGGAAUCGCACUUUGCUGAUGAUCGUUUUUAACCUGCUGCUUGUCACCCAGAAGCCAUGUUGAUCGUGUGAAGCAGAGGGAUGACUGGAAACAGUUCGCCAAAAGACCUUUAUGAAAGUGUUCUGGUUUUAGAAAAGUUUCCCCACCCCUUCAUCACUUCACAUGGACAUCAACACACAUCUGAAAUUGUCA